CUGUCAUGACAUUAUCUUGCUUCUUAAAAUACCUAAAUUUCCUUAUGUUGCAUGCUUGUUCUCAUUAUCCCUAAGCCAGAGAAAGUAUAGUAGCUUUGGAGCUUUCCUAAAAUUCAUAAUAUAGUUUAUACAUGUUGUGAGUAGUAGGAAAUGAUCCUGGAACUGGAAUGAAUGGUGAAGAUGCAACCAAUGACUUAACUUUGGUUCAUAAAUGGAUGUUAUGAAAGGAGAUGGUGUCAUUAACUACUAUUUUGGGGAUCUGUUAUUCUCAGUAGGCCUAAAGAUGGAAGCACAUAGCUCGCAGCAAUCUCCGGCCGCCGAAAUCGGUGAAGCGCUGCCGGCAGCAACGACAACAUCUGCAGACAUCAAGACUUGUGGGGGGCCUACCUGCGGCUUAUCUGAUUCAGGAAGCCACUCUAAAGAUGCCAAGGAGAGGUCAGCUUCCAUAAGAAAGUUGUUUAUAGCUGUUCUUCUUUGCAUGAUAUUCAUGUGCGUGGAAGUCGUUGGAGGAAUCAAAGCCAACAGCCUCGCCAUUCUCACAGAUGCAGCUCAUCUCCUAUCCGACAUUGCAGCUUUCGCGAUUUCCCUGUUCUCGAUCUGGGCUGCGGGAUGGGAAGCAACCCCUCGUCAAUCCUACGGGUUUUACCGAAUCGAAAUUCUCGGCGCGUUGGUUUCCAUCCAGCUUAUAUGGCUUUUAACCGGAAUUAUAUUGUAUGAAGCAGUGAUGAGAUUGAUUCAUGGAACGAAUUUCGUUCAUGGCAAGUUGAUGUUCGCUGUUGCAGCCUUCGGAUUGCUUGUUAACAUUAUUAUGGCCGUCUUGCUCGGCCAUAAUCAUGGCGGCCAUAGCCACAGUCAUGGAGGUCAUGGCCAUAGCCACAGUCAUGGAAGUCAUGGCCAUGAGCACGGCGAACAAGACAGCCGCAGCAUUGACAUCGACAUAACGGAUGAAAACGAUGAGCGAACGCCGGAGCGAAGGAAGCAGAGCAUUAAUGUCCGGAGCGCAUAUCUUCAUGUGCUGGGGGACUCGAUCCAGAGCAUCGGGGUGAUGAUCGGCGGCGGAAUCAUAUGGCUGAAGCCGGAGUGGAAAAUAGUGGAUCUGCUUUGCACGCUGAUGUUUUCCUUCAUCGUGCUGAUCACGACGGUGAACAUGCUGAGGAACAUACUCUCCGUGCUCAUGGAACGAACUCCGAGAGAAAUCGAUGCCACGAAGCUAGAGAAAGGAAUGUGUGAGGUGGAGGGAGUGGUGGCGGUUCAUGAGUUGCACAUAUGGGCCAUCACCAUUGGCAAGGUUCUGUUGGCUUGCCAUGUUACAAUCAAACCUGAAGCUGAUCCUGAGAAUGUUCUUGAUCAGGUGAUUGGGUACAUUAGAAAGGAGUUCAGUAUCAGUCAUGUGACCAUACAGGUGGAGAAGGAUAAGGCUUCAAAUGUAGAGACGAUGAGGGAUUUCUGAUGGAUUUCAUGUAUGUUUUGGACUAUAUUUGGAGAUUAAAGAGUAUAUUAUUAGGCAGAUAUUCAGGCAUUAUUUUGUUGUCAGAUCUUUUGUUGGUAGUUAUUUAACUUGCAUUGUACAACAGAAAAGGGCACCAUUUUGACAAUUUUUAAUGCUUGUUUUUCUUUCAGUCUAUGUCUGUGCGUGUGCCCACGCGCAACUAGACUAGUUACACUAGCUAAGGUAGGUCAAGCAUAGGGCAAGAAGCCUACUAGGUAGUCUAGGGUCUAUUGGGACAAAAUGAGUCGAAGCCCUAAUCUUGAUCAGGGUUGAUUGGGUCUUGUAGGGUUAAGCUAACACCCUUAGAGUUACUCGGGGUUGAUUACGGAUGUCGAGAUAAACCACCAAACAAAUUUAUAGUUUUUAAUGAUUGUAGCUUUCCAAAGUAGGGUUUAAAUGUUCAUAAUGGUACAUAUGAAAUCCAUGGUUACUUAACUAAAACUAUAGGUUCCUUUGGUUCUAAAUAACACUUUGAAUUUUUAGAUUUUUAGAACUUAAGAUCAAUGAGCUAUA